UAUGGAUUACAUCAGGAGGCGACGUGAAAUAAAUCCACACAACAGCUAUAAUAAAGCGCUCUUCCCCGCCGGCGUCAAGGAUUCAGGCCGACGGCAAAGGGCAGGCUCGCAGUCUACGACGAGCUUAUAGACCCAAGGAGCGGCGCCAUGGUGAUCUCGGUCCCCAGCCACCGGCGCACCAUCCGCGACGCAAUGCUCGGCGGGGGCCGCCAGCUCCACAAGCCCCUUCGCUGCGCCUUCUACGACGGGAUUCCCGGCGAAGGCCUCGCCGCCGCGCUCGCCGAGGCCACUGGGAGCGUUUCCCUCUCCCGCACCCCCGCCACCGACGGCAGCGCCGGAGGGAAGGCGGCGAGGAACGUGCUCAUCCUCAUGAGCGACACCGGCGGCGGCCACCGCGCCUCCGCCGAGGCUCUCCGGGACGCCUUCCGCCUCGAUUUCGGCGACGCCUACCAGGUGUUCGUCAGAGAUUUGGGGAAAGAGUACGGCGGCUGGCCGCUGAACGACAUGGAGCGGUCGUACAAGUUCAUGCUCCGCCAUGUCCGGCUCUGGAAGGUGGCCUUCCACGGCACCUCCCCGCGCUGGGUUCACGGAAUGUACCUCGCCGCCCUCGCCUACCUCUACGCCAAUGAGGUGGUGGCCGGGAUCAUGAAGUACAAGCCGGACGUGAUCAUCAGCGUGCACCCUCUGAUGCAGCACAUCCCGCUGUGGGUACUCAAGUGGCAGAGCCUGCAACCCAAGGUCCCGUUCUUCACCGUCAUCACCGACCUCAACACCUGCCACCCGACAUGGUUUCACCACGGCGUGACGAGGUGCUACUGCCCCUCGGCCGAGGUGGCGAAGAGGGCCCUGACCCGCGGGCUCGACCCGUCCCAAAUCCGCGUGUACGGGCUGCCGAUCAGGCCAUCCUUCUGCCGCGCCGUGCUCGACAAGGAUGAGCUGAGGAAAGAACUUGGCCUGCACCCUGAACUGCCCGCUGUUCUACUGAUGGGAGGCGGCGAGGGGAUGGGCCCGGUGGAGGAGACGGCCAAGGCCCUCGGCCACGAGCUCUACGAUCACCGGAGACGCCGGCCGGCCGGGCAGGUCGUGGUCAUAUGCGGCAGGAAUCAGGCGCUGCGGUCCACCUUGCUGUCCCUGCCAUGGAAGGUCCCUGUCAAGGUUAUGGGGUUCGAGAAGCAGAUGGAGAAGUGGAUGGGCUCUUGCGACUGCAUCAUCACCAAGGCUGGCCCUGGUACAAUUGCAGAAGCCUUGAUAAGAGGACUUCCAAUUAUUCUCAACGAUUUCAUCCCCGGACAGGAAGUAGGGAAUGUGCCUUACGUGGUCGAUAAUGGCGCCGGUAUGUUCUGCCAGGACCCAAGGGAAGCUGCGAGACAAGUUGCCCGAUGGUUUACCACAGAAACUGACGAGCUCACGAGGUACUCCGGCAACGCACUGAAGCUAGCGCAGCCCGAAGCAGUGUUCGACAUCGUGAGGGACAUCCACAAGCUCCAGCCGCAGCCUGCCGCUCUAACCCGGAUCCCCUACUCGUUGACCUCGCCAUUCUCAUACCAUAUAUGAACCCGCGGAACCUCUUGCAGAAUAUACCCUGCAAAGUGAAUAUGCCUUCAAACUUGGUUAUGCCUGGGCUUGGCCGCCUGCUGAAGAACCUGUAUUUACCAUGUACAUAACUGGAUGGAACAUCUAUGUUGGUGCUUCUGUAGUUCUUGACUGCUUGUAUUGGACUAUUGGUAAUUGGAAUGUAAAAAGUGUUUUUCUGGACGAAAUUAUUGCUUGAUAAACAUUAGUACUUAGUAGUUGUCGUGCAGUUGCUUGUAAAAGACGAGUUGAUUUCUUUAUAUGAAAUCGUAGGGAGAGGGCUCCUCUUUUGCUAAAAAAAACAUUA